UUCCCCCUCCUCUCCCACCCAGUCAGUCGUCACAGCCACACAGAACAAGCGAGAAACCACUCUGUACGCACUCCCGCAGAUCAGAGAGAGAAAGAGGAAGAGGAAGAGGAAGAGGAAGAGGAAGAGAAAGAGAGAGAUAAGAGGGAGAGGGAUCGACAUCCGUGUGAUUCAUCAUCCAUCAUGAGGCCGAUCAGAGAAGGCGAGGCGCUGGUGGGAGUCGCCGGGGCUCCGGCGGCGGCCGGCCACGGCGCGCACCCGGCGUUCUGGAGGACGCCGACGCCGUACCUCUUCUUGGGCUUCACGCUCAUGAUGGGGCUCAUCGCCGUGGCGCUGCUCGUGCUCGUCUGCACGCGCCGCAAGCCGUCGGGCUCGUCGCGGCGGGGGAGCGCCGCCGAGGAGGCGUCGGCGCGCGGGAUGGUGCCGCUCGACAGGGAGCCCAAGGUCGUCGUCAUCAUGGCCGGCGACGACUUGCCGUCCUUCCUCGCCAGCGCCAGGCCGUUCGCGUUCCCUGAUGCCAUCGAGCCGCCACGCCAGGCGGACGCGGUCUAAGCGCGCGCGCCGCGCCCGUGUGCCUGCGGGACUCGGGACCAAUUUUGUUCAUCAAUCAGAUUUCUAGGAUUUAUCCUAAGUAAUUUUGUCGGUAGUAUGUAGUAGUCGUUCACGACGUUAGCGCCCGGCGGCGUUGAGAUCUGUGAAAGCGAAUGAAGUUCCGGCUUUGCAUUG